AAAAUUAUUUUACCCCGGUGCCCUUCUUCUUCUUCUUCACCGGAAAACAAAGCCAAGCGACGAUCAAAGAUGACCGGUGCUUCAGUUUCCCGGUUGUCAAGUAUCAUCUUCACCAAGGCCGCUGCUACUGCCGUUACGAGAAGGGAUUUUAAAUGGCUAUUCAGGACCAUUUGUACUACUACUCGUUCGGCUGAAGCCACCUCGUUUACACAUUUUGUAGGUCGUUUUGGUUAUCGGAAUCAAAUAACUCAUCAUUUGCAGAAAUCUCUUCCCGGUUUUUCAUGUGGAUUUAGUUUAGUGAAUGCUUCGUCUGUAAAUAAAUCGUGUAUAUUUGGACCUCACAAUUCUAGGGGAUAUGCUAGAGACACAACGAAUGCAUCUAUUGAAGUGAAGACAGACGAAGAUGUUGUUAGAUUUAGCAUCGGUAAUCAGAGUCAUGACAGAGUGUCUUUGAAGAAAGAAAAGAAAAUCGCAAACAAGUCCGACGUUUCUAGAAAGGCAAAACUGAAUGAACUCAGGUUUUAUCGGUUGAAAGCAAAGAAGAAAAUGAAUUCUCCGAACCCUGAAGUUAGAAUCAGAUACAAGCUCGAAAAGGCAAAACGGAAAGAAGAAUGGUUGAUUGAGAAACUGAGGAAAUAUGAGGUGACUAAAGCAUCACCCGAAACCUACGACCCCGAAAUAUUGACCGAAGAAGAGAGGUUUUAUCUUAAGCGAACCGGGGAGAAAAAGAAACAUUAUGUUCCAGUUGGGAGACGAGGUGUAUUUGGAGGCGUUGUUCUUAAUAUGCAUCUUCAUUGGAAGAGGCACGAGACGGUUAAAGUCGUAUGCAAACCAUGCAAACCUGGGCAAGUGCAUCAAUAUGCCGAGGAGCUCGCUCGGUUGAGCAAAGGCAUUGUCAUCGACAUAAAGCCGAAUAGUAUAAUAAUAUUAUAUCGGGGGAAGAAUUAUGUUCAACCGGAUAUCAUGUCGCCUCUGGAUACUCUAUCCAAAGCAAAGGCUCUGGAGAAAUACCGAUAUGAACAGUCCUUGGAACAUACGGGCGAGUUCAUUGAAAAGCUGGAGAAUGAACUGGAAGAAUAUCAUCGACAUAUUGCUCGGUAUAGAAAGGAGGAAAAUCCGAGGCAGAAGAUUUGAGGGAUACAGUUGAUAUAAGAAAAGUUCAAUACUGCCUAAGAAAGAUGUGGAUUCGUUCUUUUUUCUUCGAACCUCCAUCUGUUUCAAUCUUCAGGCAAGACUUGCUAAUUCUGUGCAUAUAUUCAAAUAUUGAAGAUUACUUUUGGCCGUUACGUUCGUUGGGAUUUUAGGAACUAUCACGUAUAACUUGUUUAUCGGAAUCAUUUAGGAAUAAUUUCCAAUUCUUUUGCAGGUUUUUGGCUUCUCAAAAUGAAAUUACGUUUGUUAAACUUUUCAAAUUAGACUUCAGUAUCUUUUCGUGGGUAAAACAAAUUCAAAAGUUACUCUCUCGUUUCGU